CCUCCGGUUCCAAAUGUGAAGGAUGGAUCGGAAUAGGCAAGAAGGGAAGGGAGAGGAAUGAGAGGGGUCGAAGGGAGGCUCUUUGAGGAGUUCUCACCUGGGUACUACGGCAUCUGCACCGCUGGGGGUAUGCUGAGUGCUGGUACUGCCCAUCUCGCGGUCACGCCUCUUGAUGUCUUGAAAGUGAACAUGCAGGUUAAUCCGAUUAAAUAUAACGGCAUGGCGUCGGGAUUAUCGGUUCUCUGGAGAGAGCAAGGGCCUUCUUAUCUCUGGAGAGGUUGGUCCAGCAAGUUGUUUGGAUAUGGCAUCCAGGGCGGCUGCAAAUUCGGUCUCUAUGAGUACUUCAAGAAACGUUACUCUGAUAUGCUGGUUGACCACAACAGGAGUCUCAUAUUCUUUCUAAGCAGCGCUUCUGCUCAAGUGUUCGCAGACGUGGCUCUAAGUCCCUUUGAAGCUGUCAAGGUUCGUGUCCAAACGCAGCCCGGCUUUGCAAAGGGCUUAGUUGAGGGGAUUCCAAAACUGUACAGGACAGAAGGUCUCUCUGGCUUCUACCGUGGGAUACUUCCGCUCUGGGGCCGUAACCUUCCGUUCUCUAUGGUAAUGUUCUCCACAUUUGAGCAUUCAGUGGAUCUGAUGUAUCGGCAAGUUCUCAAAAGGAGAGAGGAGUGCUCAAGAGCCCAACAGCUUGGCGUCACUUGUUUGGCGGGUUAUGCAGCCGGUGCUGUUGGUACUGUGAUUUCCAACCCCGCUGACAACAUCGUUGCAUCUCUCUACAACAGAAAAGCCAAAAAUGUCUUACAGGCAGUGAAGGAUAUUGGCUUUGUCAAUAUGUUUAGAAGAAGCCUUCCUGUUCGUAUCAUGAUCGUGGGACCUGUUGUUACGUUGCAGUGGUUCAUGUACGACACGAUUAAAGUGCUAAGCGGACUGCCUACCAGUGGAGGGAGUCGCAGUCGCCUAGAAGAAGAAGAUUGUUAGAUGUAUGCCCUAAAGUUAUCAUGUAAUGGUUACAUGUUAGGGAUUUAAGUUGUACUAUCAAUUUCAUCAUUUAUUUAAUGGCAAGGACGUAUUCAU